AUGUUUGGGCCUAAGAAAUGGGCUUGGGUUCCGAGGCUCCCAAGUAACCCGGAACCUCCACUUCUUGGUCCAUCAAUGGGCCUCAUGACAAUUUAUUACCAUCCAUACCACAACCCACUCAAGCAAGCCCCGGCGUGGCGUGUCGUUUGGCGUGGCAUGUGUGCAAGCGCAUAUGAUGAACUUUCGCAUGCCCAAAUCGGGUUUCUUCUUGGUAAAGCAUCGCAUUGGGCCAAGAAUUUAUUUGGGCCAAACUGUGAAUAUUUUGGGCCUCAACAACCCCCUAUGUUUACAAGCAGUGGCGGAUCCAGGAUUGUGUGGCCAAGGGGGCUUAGUUUGAAAACAAGGGCGGCAGACAACUGCGGUGAUCGGCACUGGGCCACCGUCGAAGAGUUGAUGGAGGUUGUCAGAGGUUGGGAGAGGUUAGGGUUUGAGAGGAUGGGAAGAGGAUGUGUGAAAUUGGGAAUGAAGGACACGCAUCGCAAUUGCUCAACAAAGCUUCUGCCUCCUGGGACUUUCGUUGAGUGGUUGGCGGGCAUCCAAGGGGGCUUCCAGCAGCUAUCCAAGGGGGCUUUCAUGGAGUCCCUUAACAACUUUCCAGCCUUCCAAGGGGUCAUCCGACCUUUCUUGUCCCAACGUGCAUCCGCCCUUGUUUACAAGGGUAAGGACCAAUUUUAUUUCACCAAGGACCAUGCUUACCUUAUUCUUAUACAAGGGUUCCUUGUUUUUGUAAAUUACACUAUAACGAGAUUAAGGAUGGCUUUUACAAUAUAA